GAUAAGGACCACCAGUUGGCCUUCAACCUGGCCAAGAGUGUGUGCCUCCCCAAAGAUAUGGAGCACCACCAAAAGCAACUAAACACCGAACUGAAGGCCAUCCGGUCUUCGACAAAAUCGAUGAUCCUGUCCAUUCAGAAAAACAACAUCACUCACAGGAAAGUGUUAGAGCUCAGGAAAACAACAAGACAAGCCGUGGUAGAAGCCGAAGCGAAGACGGCCGAGCUAGAGGAGGCCAGAAAACAAAUGGCCGAGCUACGAGCUGAGAAUGGCCGACUGGCCGGACUGGUUAGUUCGGCCGAAGCAGAAAAGCAGAAGGCUGCCAUUGCUUUAAAGGAUAAGUAUCUGCGCGAGCUGGUGAAGCUUGAAAAGAAGAAAGAUACCGAGAUAACCCAGCUGAAGGAGAGCGCAAAAGGAGCCGAAAAGCGAGGCUUCAAGAAGGCAGAGGAUGCUUAUAUCCAGCAAUGCGAAGCCGCCAAGGAACUAUUCUUUAAGUACGGUUGGAGGGCAGCUGUUGAGAAGCUCGGUCACGAUCCACAGACCGAGGUUUUCAACCCUCCAGCCUACUUCAUACCGAACUCCCUAGUGGAGUAUGCUGAUGCCAUUCAGCAGCAAUUUCUUGAAGGCUCAGACUCUGACGAAGACUCUGCCUCUGAGGAUACUCCGGUUGUCAAUGCGGACCAGUCAGUUCGGCUGGAGCCCACGGUGGAAGACCUGACUAUUGAACUACCAGGUGAAACCGUGGUUCCGACCGAAACCACCCUUGUGACCGAGAGCGAGCUCCCGCCUGAAACCGGUCUUCGUGUUGAUGCCGAUGUUGCGUUUGAUGCCAAAAUUGAUGAUCUUUUCAACUGAUUGUCUUUUUGCUUUUUCUUUUUUGCUUUUGUAACCGGGCUAUGGCCCCUCCUUUGUAUUUGCCUGUUGAUGAAUGAAAAUUUGCUUGAACUCUUACAUCGGUUGAUCUGUACGUUUGUGCUUGUUAUGAUUUUUCCAUGAUCUUUUUAUUUUUAAUUUUUAUCUCGGUUUUGGCUGGUCAAUCUCACUAUGCUUACUAGCCAACCACUCUUUAGCCGACAUAAUUAGUUCGGCUGAGGAGUACAAAGAGUUUAAAAGCCAGCCAAUCCACUCUCCAGCCUUACACUUACUUCGGCUGAAGAGUACAAAGAGUUGGUUUACUCUAGCCAACCACUCUUCAGC